AUGGCUCCCAUUAUCCCCCACUGGGCCCGGCCCUCGCACCCCGAGAUCCAGGAGGUGGAGAUCAACGAGGCCGAGUUCACGUCGCUGUCGCGCUCCCGCGUGGAGGUGCCGCCCUUUGCCGUCUUUGCCAAGAUGUCCUCGCCCCCCUGCACCGUGGCCGUCGGCGGGCCCACGUACGCGACGGUGCAGGUCGGGCGCGACAGGCACCUGAACCUCAACAGCGACCUGGUGUACAUUAACCACUCGUGCGAGCCUUCGCUGAUCUUCGACACGGCCAACCUCAACAUCCUAGCCGGGCCAAAGGGCCUCCAGCCCGGCGACGAGCUCACCUUCUUCUACCCCUCGACCGAGUGGUCCAUGGCCCAGCCCUUCGAGUGCCAGUGCGGGACCGCGUCGUGCUGCGGCCUGAUCCGCGGCGCCGCCGACAUGCCGGCGCGCCAGCUCGCCGGCCGCUGGGUCAACGGCCACGUGCUGGACAUGAUGGAGGAGCGGGAGCGGGAGGCGGUGGCGGGGCCGUCCCGCAACGGCAAUGGUGGCGGCUCCCUCGGCAAAGACCGUCAAGACGACAUGACCGCCAGGGCCAUGAGAGACGCCCUGCGCCAGGCCGAGCUCGCCGUCGAGGCCGCGACCGAGGCGCUCAUGUCGUACAUUGCUGGAAUUCGCGGCAGCGGCGGGACGGUUAGGCGGAUGGUGCGAGGGGAUGGGAAACGCGGCGUGAGUCCCCGCAAGAUGUCGGGCGAGAUGGGCCGAGAUACGACGACGACGACGACGACGACCUGCGUCUAG